CGUUUUUACUUUUAAAGAAACGGCGGAAAGAGAAAAGCAGAAAUUCAAAAUUGGCCAAAUGUACCUUAAAGUAGAGUCUUUAAGCUUGAAAAUAAAAAAAAUUUUCAAGUACGAUUAUUUUUAAAAAUUUAUGAUAAUUUGAAGUUCUGCAAAAUUUUAGUAUAAAUGCGUGUUGCGAUAAUUUUGUUGCCUGGUGUAUUUAGUUUUAUUAAAGUACUUAAUUGUAUUAAUAAUGAUAUCGUUCAUAAAAGAUUGUAUUGUAUAAAAAAUAAAAUUUAUUUUUUUAUAUAUAUAAAAUUAUACAUUUUUGUUUAAAAUUAACGAAAGGAAAUAUUGUAACAAUUAAUUCAAUAGAUCUUAACAAAUAUCAAGGAAAAUGAAGGUAAAUGUAGAGAAAUGGAACUAAAUAACUAAGAUAUGCAAUUUGUUAAAUACAUUUUUUUAUUGAGAAGAAACUGUAUAUAAAGAAAUAAAAAUAACACUCUUUCAAAACUUGCAUUUUUGUAUUUUAUUUAUAUAACCUAUAUGCGGAAAAAUAUAUUUCUUGACUUGGAUAAUGCCAUGUAGGAAAUAAUUACCUUAGCUACAAUCCAGAGAUUAAUGAGUGGGGAAAUAAUAACAGUACAUUUAAAGCAGCUACAGAUAAAACUAUGCCAGUGAUCAUCGCGUGGUCUUGAAGAAUGUUAGACGUACCUCUUAAUAAUUCUCAUAAAUAUGUUAAUAUGUCUCAUAAAUUCUCAUAAUAAAAUUCAUAAAAUAUGUUUGUAAUAAUUCAAUGUUUUUGAAUUUGUGACACAUAAUAACUGCUAUAAACAUAAGUUUUAUCAUGUUUCGUAAAUUAUAAAAAGUGCGAUAUCGACAGUAGAAUUUAAAAUAUCUCAAUAUAAUAUAGUAAAACAAGAUAUUGUUUUAUUCUUUUAUUAUAUUCUUGUAAUUAAUUGAGUCGGUUGAAAAACUGAGAAAAAUAUUUCAUUAAUAAAUUGAACAAAUCAUGAUUAUCAAAUUUUCCAAAGAAGUAGACGUUUUACUUUUAUUAGUGGUAUGUGUUGCAUAAAUUUCUAAACAAUGUAAAAUUAAAUGAUAAAUAAAUAAGAAUAAUAUAAAAAGAAACAAUAUAUGUCUUUUCAUUUCAUAUCAAUUUAAAGUGCAACGAAUAAAACUUGAAGAGUGCUUUCUAACAUAAUUAAAUCGUUCGGUAACUGCUUGAACACUCAUCACCAUUUCGCAAAAUGGUGCAGGAAAAAGCGGUGAUCGUAAGGAAUGCUAUAAAGCGAUAUGGGAAAGAACAAUUGGUGCUCAACGGUCUGAACAUGACCAUUUCAAAAGGUUCCAUAUACGGAUUGUUGGGAGCCAGCGGAUGCGGCAAAACUACCUUGUUAUCCUGUAUCGUUGGGAUUCAGAAUUUCGACAGCGGAGAGGUGUGGGUCUUGGGGGGUACUCCGGAUAGCAAAGGUUCCGGAAUUCCUGGACCUCGAGUGGGUUACAUGCCGCAAGAUAUCUCCUUGGCAGGAGAGUUUACCGUGAGAGAUGCCUUCUACUACUUUGGCAGGAUCAAUGGACUCAAUGAUGAAGAGAUCGAUGAAAAAGAAACCUUCUUUUCGGAUUUUCUCCAAUUACCUCCGUUGGAUCACUUGGUGAAGAACAUGAGUGGAGGUCAGCAAAGAAGAGUUUCCUUUGCUGUCACAUUGAUUCACAGGCCCGAGCUUCUAAUUUUGGAUGAACCUACUGUGGGAUUGGAUCCAAUUUUAAGGGAAAAUAUUUGGAUUUACCUGAUGAAAAUAACGCAGGAAGAAGGUGUCACCGUAUUGAUGACGACGCAUUAUAUCGAAGAGACUAAAGAUGCUAAUAAAAUCGGUUUAAUGAGACAUGGUAAAUUGUUAGCAGAAUCGACAUCAGAUAAAUUGCUGGAGCAUUUUCAAUGUUUGUUCUUAGAAGAAGCUUUCUUGAAAUUAUGCGAAGCACAGGAUAAUGCAGUCACAUUAAAUGAAAGAUCUUGGGAAUCUAACGAGAAUACCAGCAGCGACGUCUUGCAUGAAGAUAAACACAGGCAUACAAAAGUAAUCUCGGAGUACAAAGCUAUUUCGGGACAUCAAGUUCCGCGAUUGAAAAGGUUUAAAGCUUUACUCGUAAAGAACGGUAUCCAAUUUUUGCGUUAUUACACAGGCUUAUGUUUUGCAACUAUCUUCCCGAUAGUUCAAGCCAGCUUGUUCCUUGCGACAGUUGGUGGUGAUCCAAAAGGCAUCAAGAUUGGGAUUAUAAACGAAGAAGCUGGCAACUGCGAUUUCGGCAGCAAUUUUGGCAAUGUUUGGAAUGACGAAAGCACUUGCCACUUUCGCAACCUCAGCUGUAGAUUUCUACACAAUUUUGGCGACUCCAUUGCAAAACAGGAAUAUUAUGAGGAUUUUUCUGAGGCAAAAAGUGAUGUACAGGAUGGGAAACUCUGCGGUAUAAUGUAUUUUAGUCAAAACUUUUCGCAAGGUUUGCAAACUCGAUUGGAAGAUACUAAUUUUGCGGAUGAUUCCGAUCUUUACGCCAGUCAGAUUCAAGUUUUCCUCGAUAUGGGUGAUAUGCAAAUUGGGCUUUUCGUGCAGAAAAAUCUAUACAAGCGUUUCAUAGAGAUUUUUGAGGAUAUUAUGAAAGAUUGUAAAUAUUUGAUAAAAUUGGCCCAUCCACACAUUAGAUUUGAAAAUCCCAUUUUUGGUACGAAUGACCUCACUUAUCUAGAUUACGUAAUACCAUCAUUCAUAUUAACACUCUCUUUCUUUUUGGCUGUCCCGAACUCAUACAGUUUGAUAAUCACAGAUCGGUUGGAAGGUGUCUGGAAUCGAAGCAUGGUUCAAGGGGUCAGGACGGAAGAAAUCGUACUAUCUCAUAUUCUUAUUCAGCUUGUCAUCGUAGUUAUUCAAAUCACUAUGAUGAUGCUCAUAUUCUUUGUUGUAUGGGGUGUGGAUUAUAAAGGAUCGAUAUUCGUCAUAUGCUUCUUUCUAUUUCUCAAUGGCUUGUGCGGAUUGAUGUUUGGUUUUGUUAUCUCCUUUGUGUGCAACAAUCACACUUUGGCGCAUUACGUUGCGACUGGAAGCUUUGUCCCUACAUUAACACUUAACGGAACUCUAUGGCCGGUGGAAGGAAUGCCAAAAUUAUUUCGUUGGAUUAGCUACGCUAUGCCAACUACCUUGGCCUCUGUAUCCAUGAGAGAACUCAUUUACAAAGGUUCUUCUAUAUUUGAGUGGCAAGUUUUAAUUGGCUUCUUUGUAACUUUAGGAUGGAUAUUGUUUUACUUCCUUGUGAUUGUGUGUUUAAUUGUAAGGCGGAAAAACUCGUAAUAUUAUUUAAAGAGCAAAUUCUUUUGAAUAAAUGCAGAAACAGUUUUCCGUAAUCUAACGAGUUCAGUUAGACAGAUAUACAUUGUGCUUCAACUAAAGUAUUAUUAUAUAUUUUAACUUAUGUGUAAUAUAAAAAAUAUAUAUAGUUAUUUUAUCUAUUUAAAUUACUCUCUGCGAAGAAUUAAUUGCUUCAAAGCAUAAAAUAGUUAUAAUUCCUUUAAUUUAAUUCUUUCUUGUAAAUUAAAUUUUUUUAUUCUAGUUUAAAUUAUCACACAAUUUUUUUAAUUCUGUUAUGCAUACAGUACAAAAAUAACACAAAACUAAUUAAUUACACUUGUGUGAUUAAUAUAGCAUUAUUAAAUGUUUUCGAAGAAUAAUUAUAAAUAAUUUAGAUAAAAAAAAUAGCUAUAUAUAUUUUUUCACUAAAGUACUUAAUUGUAUUAAUAAUGAUAUCGUCAAUAAAAGAUAGUAUUGUAUAAAAAAUAAAAUUUUUAUAUUUAAAAUUAUACAUUUUUGUUUAAAAAUAACAAAAGAAAAUAUUGUAACAAUUAAUUCAAAAGAUCUAGACAAAAAUCAAGGAAAAUGAAGAUAAAUGUAGGAAAAUGAAAUUAAAUAACAAAUAUAUAUAGUUCGUUGAAUAUGUUUCUUCUUAGAAAAGAAACUGAAUAUAAAAAAAUAAAAAUAAAACUCUUUUAAAA